GUUCUUUACUUUCCCAGUAGCUAUUACAUAUCGUAUCACAAUACUAUCACUAUCAUCAAUACUAGAAUGAUUCCCAACCCCAUUGAAAUUGUCUGUGUCCACGUGGUCCAGCCGAUCAUCGACUUUCUGGGCUACCUACUAUUGGAUGUCCACUUCAUCGGCUUCCUAGCUGGCGUUGCCGUCCUUGGAAUCAUCCUGGGACUCAUCCUUGGGAUCUUGUCUGUAAUUUGGUACAAGUCCACACGGGUCGAGAAAACUGAGCAGAGUUACCCUGAAGAAGGAGACUCGGGCGAUGGGAAAAAGAACGACUAAUACUCUGGUUCUAUUCGAUGCUUUUGUAAUUCAAAUAAGUUUGUUAAAAGUGAAGUGAUUAAAAUUACUAAAUGAAGUUGCGCAGUUCAUAAGGACGGACAUACAAACGGACUCGAUUAGUGAUCAUAAUGAAAAACAGUAUAUGUUUGUUAGGCAGCUUAUUUGUUGAACCCUUGAAAUAUUGUACAGCAAAGGCCAAUUCGGUAACGCCUUUUCAGAGGUUAAUGCUUUGUUAAGUACAUUUUAAUUUCCCAAAGGAAACAGAGGCUAAAAGUGCAAUCAGUAAGAAUAAGCGAGCCAGACCGGCAUAAACUAAAUUUGAACAAAAAUUCCGCUCCCAAAAGGAUGUAAUUCUGGGAAAACCCAAAACAUUGGCUAAGAACGCAACCAGGCUGGCCCAAACAACAAAAAAAAGGGGCUCAGAAGGAGGUUGUGUCAAAGGACAACGUCUUAAGGAGCAGAGGACGAGCCCCCAAGGCGUAAAGACAAUUUAAGUGCCCGCUUAGUUCGCGGAGUUCAUAAACAGGACGCUCGAUAAAAUGAAAAACGUCGGUGCGGUGGUCGGUAUUUUUGCAACAAAAAUGCAUGACACCGCCCAGGAUCAGGAUGAGGAGCCAAGGAUGAGGAUCCAAGGAUGAGGAUGAGGAUGCAGAGCCAAGUAAAUGGCAGUCGGCCAAUGUGGCAUCCCCGACUUUAUUAAAAUUUUGACAUCCCAAAGAAGCGGCGGCGGCAGAGGGAGCGGAUGAUUGGUUUUGUCGUAGUCGUCGUCUGGCGCAGCGAACCAGCAAAUAACCAGCAAUAAAAUGGCCAAAGUUUUCGCGAAUGGUAAACUUUGCACUGCCAUUGCGAGAACACAAGUCAACAGAAACAACGAGAUAGGCGGUUUAAGAAAAAUUAAGUUUCUGCGCCGCUGCGUUGGCAAAGGAAAUGCGUUCUCAAAUUAAAGGGGUGCAUUGCUAGCAGAAAGCUCUGAAUCAUUAUGCUGAUUCCAUGAGACUAACUUAAUUCUCUAUGAGUUACACAUAUAGAAAGUAAAAUAUAUCAUCCUUUACUAAAAAUACUUUGAUUUGCCAAAGGAAUAUGUACAUAUGGGUAAAAAUCUAAGAAAUAACAAAUAAAAACGUCUCUGAACAAGGCUAGACACUAGUGACGAACGCACCUCCAGUAUAUUUCAGUUCAUAUUUUGCAAUAAAAACUGUUUAAACAUAUUGUAUUAAUAAUAGUUAAAUUGAAUAAUGUGA